AUGCUCAAGCACAUCCGUAGAUGGAAGGCUACACAUAUAUUACAAAAAUCUCGAAUUCUCGCUCCCCUCUCUUCCCUCAUCUUCACUCAACCCUCAGUGUCUGCAGCAAAGCUCGAUGACGAGUCCACCGUCUUCCCAAACCCUAGAAACGCCGUCUCCGAAGUCAUUGCCGGCUUGAGAAUGUUUGGUUUGGGAAAUUGUGUUGGUGAUCAUCGUUUCAAAACCAUUAUCCCGACUUUGAAUCAGCCUCAGGUGGAUUUGAUUAUUGAAAGCUUGAGCACUGAGAACCCGGAGUCGGCUUUUGGUUUCUUCAACCUUUUGAGGAAUGAGUAUGCGUUUCGGCAUUCCAGGGUUUCAGAGUUUAUUGUUGCUCAUGUAUUAGCGGGGAGAAGGCUGUUUAAAGAAUUGCGUUUGUUUGUGAAGCAAAUGGUGGAUGAGGAAGGGCCCGGUUCGGCACAUUCACUUUGUGAGCUGCUCUUACAUAGAUUCAGGGACUGGGACUCGAGUGGUGUGGUGUGGGAUAUGUUGGCGUUUGCUUAUUCAAGAUCUGAGAUGAUUCAUGAUGCUCUGUCUGUUCUUGCUAGGAUGAAAGAUCUGAAUUUGAACGUUUCAACACCAACCUAUAACUGCCUGUUGCAUAACUUAAGACAUACAGAUAUCAUGUGGAGUGUUUAUGAUGAAAUUAAAGAUAGUGGAACUCAUCAGAGUGACCACACUUUUGCCAUACUUAUAGAUGGACUAUGUGAGCAAUCCAGCCUACAAGAUGCAGUUUCGUUCCUCAUGGGUGUGGAAAGGGGGGAUAGUGGGCCUUCAGUUGUUUCAUUCAAUACCAUCAUGUCUAGGUUUUGUAAAUUGGGUUUUGUGGAUAUUGCAAAGUCGUUUUUUUGUAUGAUGUUCAAGUGUGGACUACUUCCAGAUUCAUACAGUUAUAAUAUUCUUAUUCAUGGGCUGUGUAUAGCUGGUUCAUUGGAAGAAGCAUUGGAGUUCACUAAAGACAUGGAGAGGCAUGGGGUACAGCCUGACAGAGUCACCUACAACAUUCUUUGUAAGGGGUUUCAUCUACUUGGUCUGAUGAGUGGAGCUCGCGAGGUCAUUCAGAAGAUGUUGAUUAAAGGGUUGAAUCCGGAUCAUGUGACAUAUACAAUUUUGAUAUGUGGGCACUGCCAUGCUGGCAAUAUUGAAGAAGCCCUUAAGUUGCGGAAAGAGAUGCUUUCAAGGGGUUUUCAGUUGAGUGUCAUUUUAUACAGUGUACUUCUCAGCAGUUUGUGUAAAAGUGGACGAGUAGAAGAAGCGUUGCGAUUGCUGUAUGAGAUGGAAGCUGUUGGCUUGGAACCAGAUCUUAUUACAUACUCUAUCCUCAUUCAUGGCCUAUGCAAGCAAGGAGAUGUUCAGAGGGCAAGUGAACUAUAUAGAGAAAUGUACAUGAAGAGAAUCAUUCCCAAUUAUUUUGCACACCGUUCUAUUCUGUUAGGUCUGCGUGAGAAAGGGGAUAUAUCCGAAGCAAGGAAGUAUUUUGACAAUCUACUAACAAGGGAUGUGACAGAGGAUAUUGUGCUGUAUAAUAUUAUGAUGGAUGGAUAUGUAAAAUUAGGUAACAUUGUAGAAUCCACACGAUUAUAUAAACAAAUAAUUGAAAAGGGAAUAAAUCCUAGUAUUGUCACUUUCAAUACUCUUAUUUAUGGUUUCUGCAAAACUGGGAAACUGGUUGAGGCUCAUAAGAUGUUGGAUACCAUCAAGCUGCAUGGCUUGCUCCCAAGUCCAUUUACUUAUACUACUCUUAUGAAUGCCAACAUUGAACGAGGAAACAUCCAUGGCAUGCUUAAGUUGCUUCAGGAGAUGGAAGCAAAUGCUGUACAGCCAACUCAUGUAUCUUACACGGUAGUAAUUAAAGCACUUUUCAAACUGGGGAAGCUGCAGGAGGCUGUUCACUUAGUUGAGGAUAUGUAUGCUAAGGGCCUAACCCCAGACCAGAUCACGUAUAAUACUCUGAUCAAAUGUUUCUGCAGAGCUCGAGACUUCUUGAAAGCUUUUCAGUUGCAUAAUGAGAUGUUGGUUCAUAAUCUUGAGCCUACUCCUGUUACAUAUAAUGUUCUCAUCGAUGGUCUUUGUGUAUAUGGCGACCUAAUGGAUGCUGACAGGCUACUGGUUUCUCUUUGUGACUGCAAUAUCAAUUUGACAAAAGUUGCUUAUACCACAUUGAUCAAAGCACAUUGUGCAAAGGGUGAUGUACAUAGGGCAGUGGGGCUCUUCCAUCAAAUGGUGAAGAAAGGAUUUGAAAUCUCCAUUCGGGAUUAUAGUGCUGUUAUUAAUAGAUUGUGCAAAAGGUGUCUAAUAACUGAUGCAAAAUAUUUUUUCUGUAUGAUGCUGUCCAAUGGGAUUUGUCCUGAUCAAGAACUGUGUGAGGUGAUGCUGAAUACUUUUCGUCGUGUUGGUGAUCUCAAUUCAGUAGCUGAGCUUAUAGCUGAGAUGUUCAAACUUGGCUUUCUUCGACUGUUGAGGCAAGGACUUCAUUUUCUGCUCUGUCAAACCCUUUCCCUCUAUAUGGCCAGUUUUGAAGGGAUUCGUAGAAUUGGAUAUCUGCAUAUGCGGAAUCCAAAGGAAAUUGAAAAGGAUGAGUACCAUGAAUUUUACAAGAAAACUUUCAGUGGGUUCUUGGAUCCAGUUGCAUACACUCACUUCACCACUGAGUGUGAGGUGGAGUUCAGCAGUGUUCUUUACAUUCCUGGAAUGGGUCUCUUAACAAUGACAAUGUAG